CCCCUGGCAGACGCCGGUAUCGCUGCCGAUGGCACGAGCUUGACUGGCUGGUAAGACUUGGCUGCCUCUCGACGUCGAUCACAGCCUGAGGUCGAUGAUACGAAAUUAUCGGCAACGCGUCAGUGCUCUGGCGGCGCGUGUCCAAGUCAGCGUGUAUAGCUUCGACCUCUCCGCAUGGCACUGGGAAGCGAUAAAGGCAGGCACGGGUCGCCUCGCACCUCGUUGUCUUGUUCUCCGACAUGUCUAUGUCAGAUGCCAUUGCAGUCACCCCCUCCACAGCCCGUCCUCCUCCUCCUUACACUCCGACGGUCGAGAAGGAUUCCAUCACUCGAUUGAAGGAGCAUUUCGCUUCGUUAGCCAAUGACCAUGCGGAAGUACAGAGGUUGUUCAACUCCGUCGCCAACCAGCUGGAAUCUCUGGAUCAGAUUGGACAGCAUCAUCCACUCUAUGAGGAAUGGAGUACUCUGAGUCAGCAACACCGAAGGCUCCACCGUUCUUCAGUUCAGAACGCGGGAAGAUGCGCCAGCUUUCUAACCAACUUUGACGAAGUGAUCAGACCAUUGUCCCAAUCAGACGGGAUGUCUGUACAGGGGAAGAUAUUUAUGAUUGGCAAGUUUCGCGAUGCUGUACAGAUUCAUAAGGCGGCUGCACGAAGCACGGCGAACGAGUUCAUUCAGGUUGGCGAAACCAUCGAGGCUUUCAAGCUGAAGAUCGCGGGCGCCUUACGUCAACAUGCUGAGCCGUCGAAUAUCUGGGCGCACAUCUGGACUGGUUUGGAGCAUCUUCUGAUGAAUGUGUGGCAGGCAUUGCAGAAGUUGCUGAAUGAGAUGAUCAACGUGAUUAGAUCUACAGCCAUGCGCAUCAAGAGAAUACGUGUCUCAUGCAUUGUUCAGAUCGUGAUCGAGAUGGAUGAGUUGCCGAACUCUCGAAUGACCGACGCACAGGCAAAAGCGAGAGUCACGACUACCUCUGAUAUCAGAGACAACAUCGACGAUCUCACCAGCAGACUCUCCGUCUUCCACGAUGUCUGGAAUGUCGUGGAUGCUGCAUGUGAGGACCUGACAGUAGAUUUGGAGCUCGCGCGAGCGACAAUCCGUCAAUCUGGACCCCGAGACGCCAAUCUCCAGUCUGCGCGUUCGGUCUACAUUGUCUUGAGGGAGUGCAUGCGCGCAUAUUCUCAGAACAGGCCUCCGAGAUUCUGAUGUUCCUCUGCAAUUACUCGUCCAUCGCUUUGAAAGCGUGCUUGAUUGUCCUGUACGUACCACAAUUGUGAGCCUCUGGCUCUCAUCGUCAAUGCUAUUAUUCUUUUCACCUCACUGUCCCUGUUAAGUGUCGUCAGUAUGAUAUGUU